UCGAUUUUUGUCGGUGAAAAUCGCCAAUUAGCUUAAUUCCGUUCCCGUGCUGUGUUCGUAAAUCCACGUACAUUCCGCCAUGAGUCUGAAUUUGGACGAAUGCUACGAACAUGUGCUGGGACUGGUGGAGAGCGCCGGAAGUUUGAUCGCCUCGCGGAAUUCCGACCGAAAACGGGUGUUGGAAAAAUCCAGCAACAUCGACUUGCUGACCGAAACCGACCAGCAGGUGGAACGAAUGCUGAUGGACGGCAUUUCCGCCAAAUACCCUGACCACCGGUUUAUCGGGGAAGAAGAAACGAGCGAAGGCAAGAAAGCCGAACUGACCGACGCCCCUACCUGGAUUAUCGAUCCCGUCGAUGGGACGAUGAACUUUGUGCACAGCUUUCCACAUUCCUGCAUUUCGAUCGCCCUGCUGGUGGCGCAGACAACCGAAAUCGCCAUCAUUUUCAAUCCCAUUGUCGGCCAAAAGUUUACGGCACGGCGCGGUAAGGGUGCGUUCCUGAACGGCAAACCGAUCCGCGUGUCGGAGGAAACGAGAUUUGCGUACGCCCUGGCCACCACCGAGUUUGGCACCAGCCGCGAGGAGGAGAAAACGGCGGUAGUACUCGAGAACAUUGGGAAACUCAUUCGCCAGAUCCAUGGUAUGCGCAGCCUCGGUUCUGCUGCACUCAAUAUGGCCAUGGUGGCACUCGGUGGGGCGGAUUUUAACUACGAGUUCGGCAUCCACGCCUGGGACAUUGCCGCAGGUGAUUUGCUGGUGCGUGAGGCCGGUGGUGUCUGCCUGGAUCCGGCCGGCGGUCCGUUGGAUUUAAUGUCCCGCCGGGUGCUGUGCGCUAGUACGCAAGAGCUCGCCGACCAGGUGGUGGCCGCACUGACGCAGUACUAUCCCCAACCGAGGGAUUAAGCUUGGAGUCUGCUAAUGUACUUACCUCAGGAGACGACAGGUAUAUGCCAAGCAUCAUUACCGUUACAAUUGUUUUAGCACCGGAACCACGCGUUCUGUGUAUUUAAUGUGUCGUGCAAUAAAUUAAACCUCCGCCGA